AUGAGGAAAGAUUUCGAAAAUUAUGAGAGAGCAUUUCUGCAGUCUGAAGAUAAUUUCAAGGAUUCUCGUGCAAUAAAUUCAGCACAGUUGUUUCAUCAAAAGUGCCUCUCUAGUGAUAAUGAAUGGAGUUCAAAUGGUGGUCCAAUUUAUUUUGUUUUGAAAAACAUUAGGCGUUACGGGUAUUUUCCACUUAUUGAUGGUGAUUUAUGGGAGGAGAAAGACUACAAUUUGACAAGUCUGCUUGCAUAUUUCAACAGAAAUAAAACAAUAUUGGUUUCAUUGGUGCCCAAAAUUACAGUAGACUAUCUCAAUAGUUCAAAAGCUAUAAUAACGUUCCAACCAGUACGCAGUGUGAUUUCGUACAUUUACCAAUCAUUGAAAAAGAAUGGAAAUCAUGUAAAAUCCAACUUCAUUGAACUACUUUGGAAAGUGGUACGGCAAAUAUGCAUAGACACAAAGUCAAAAUGUGAUAACAACAAGGCAUAUCAAGAAUUACUCCAUGUCUACGAAUUUAUGAGCGCUUUGGAAAAGAUAACCGAGCCUAGUCAGGAUUACGAAAAAAUAUGGAUUCGAAGCCCCCGUCGCUCUAAUCUGAGUAGUUUGGAUAGCGGAAUGACAUCGAUCAAUUGGACAACGUACCUAAAUCUUAUAAGUUCUCAUGAGAUUAGUCAGUAUAUUGGGCCUGAUCUCAUCGUGAACGCGCCACCUGUGCACUACAUGCGCGACAUCGAUGAUCUAUUGGAUAAAACCCCCAAACAUACCAUUACCAAUUAUGUGAUGCUGAUGUAUGUUUUAUCAUGGAUAGAGCUUUUAGACACAAAAUAUCGCAGUGGUGUUGAGGAUUUCCUGAAAAGAUCCGGCGUUCCGCUAAUCCCAAAGGAGUAUAUCUGUUAUACACAAACACGUCGUAUAUAUCUCGAUGCUAUGAUGGCCCUGCAGGCGCACCGUAACAAUGGAAAGGAAGGAAAGAGGACUGUGACAGAUAUGACUGAAGAAUUAAGCGAAGCUUUCAAGGAUAUAAUACAAGAAAAUACUUGGAUGGAAAAGGCAUCAAAAACGGUUCUGCUACAAAAACUUCUAAAUAUGAGUAAGUACAUAUUAUACGACGACAUUCAUCUUGGCGAUGUGGAAAGAUUGGAUAAUUCCUACAAAGAUGUAAGCAAUCACAUCACCUAUUUCUUUGCAACUAUGCGUGGCGCUGAGCGAUCAACGAUAGCGGACAAGUUCAAUCGUUUGCAAACGGAACAUGUUCUUAAACAUUUGGACGAAACUGUGGAUGCCAGGAAUCUCAUGGCAAGCAAGAAAAAUGAAAUAAGAAUGAUGUCUAACCCAUCCUAUAUUCGAAGAAUAAACGAGAUAUGGAUACGAGCAGGAAUUCUACAAUUUCCUCUGUUCGAGUUCACUUUUCCAAAAUCGUACAGUUACGGUAGUAUCGGUUCUAUACUUGGACACGAGAUUAUGCAUGGAUUCGAUAACGAUGGAAAAGAGUUUGGUGAACAUGGGAAACAAAAAUGGUUUCGACAAAGCUUUGGAAAACAAUUUCAACGGAAGUCAAAAUGUUACGUGCACCAGUAUACCACUAAUGUGCUGUUUUAUGACGACAGAAAGGUUACACAGCUCAACCUAACCAAUAAUGGUGAAAUUACACUUACUGAGGACAUAGCUGAUAAUGAAGGGAUGAAGCUCGCCAUCAAGGCAUAUAAAACUUACCAGAAAAAGCAUGGUUCGGAAAGCAGAUUUGAAUCAAUGGAGGAUUUUGAGAAUGAUCAGAUGUUUUUUCUUGGAUUUGCAGCAAAAUCUUGUGCCAAAUAUUCUAUGAAGGGCCUAUUGAGCAGUGUAACAAUUGGCAUACAUUCAGUAAAGCAUCUUAGGGUAAACAACGUGUUGGCAAAUACGCCACUAUUUGCCGAAGCAUUCCACUGUGCGCCAGGCGCAGCGUUGAAUCCAGAAAAGCGAGAAAUGGUAUCAAGUUCAUUGAAAAAUGUUGAUGUGGUUUAUUCUAUGCAGAAAACAUAUACGUGUCGGAUUUUACUGCUGUGUGUUCACGUGGGAUGCACCAAUAUUUACCAUAUCGAAGAUACAUGCCGUGAUGGAGAAUUUGCAGUAGGAAAUUCGACAGGUUACCGGAAUCUUCAACGUCUAUUAAGUCACUCGCUCGACUUCUCAACAGAUCCAUGUGAAGAUUUCUACCAGUUUGUUUGUGGACGAUGGAUUCAAAAUGCGUCAAAGAAAGAUUUUGCCGUAUCUCACACGCUCACAAUGAAGAAAAAUUUUGAAAAAAGUGAGAGAGCAUUUCUGCAAUCUGAAGAUAAUUUCAAUGAUUCUCGUGCACUAAAGUCAGCACAGUUGUUUCAUCAAAAGUGCCUCUCCAGUGAUAAUGAGUGGAGUUCAAAUGGUGGUCCGAUUAAUUUUGUUAUAAAAAACAUUAGGCGUUAUGGGUAUUUUCCACUUAUUGAUGGUAAUUUAUGGCAGGAGAAAGAUUACAAUUUGACAAGUCUGCUUGCAUAUUUCAACAGAAAUAAAACAAUACUGCUUUCAUUGGUGCCCAAAGUUACAAUAGACCAUCUCAAUAGUUCAAACGCCAUAAUAACGUUCCAACCAGUACGCUCUAUAAUUUCUCACAUUUACCAAUCGUUGAAGAGGAAUGGAAAUCAUGUGGAAUCCGACUUUAUUGAACUGCUUCGGAAAGUGGUGAAUCAGAUAUGCAUGGACACAAAUUCAAAAUGUGAUAAUAAUACGACAAAUGAAGAAUUACUACGUGUUUACAAAUUUAUGAACGACUUGGAAAAGAUAGCCGAGCCUACUCAGGAUUACGAACAAGCAUGGAUUCGAAGCUAUCGGCGCUCCAAUUUGAGUAGUUUGGAUAACGAAAUGACAUCGAUCAACUGGACAACGUAUUUGGAUCUUAUAGUUCCUUCCGAGAUGAAACAGUAUAUUGUACCUGACCUCAAAGUGAAUGCUCCAUCUGAACGCUAUCUGCGCGACAUUGAUAAGCUAUUAAAUGAGACUCUUAAACAUGUUGUUACCAAUUAUGUGAUGUUAAUGUAUGCUUUAUCAUGGAUUGAGCUUCUGGAUGAAAAAUAUCGCAGUCCUGUUGAGGUAUUUCUGAGAAAAUCCCGCAUAAAGACAAUCUCAAAAGAAUACAUUUGUUAUACACAAACACGUCGCAUAUAUCUCGAUGCUAUGAUGGCCCUGCAUGCGCAUCGUAACAACGGGAAGGAAGGAAGAAAGAUUGUGGGAGAUAUGACUGAAGAAUUAGGCGAAGCGUUUAAGGAUAUGAUAAAAGAAAACACCUGGAUGGGAAAUCCGUCAAAAAGGGUUCUAGAACAAAAAUUCCUGAAUAUGAGUAAGCACAUUUUAUACGACGACAUUCAUCUUACCGAUAUGAAAAGUUUGGAUACUCUCUAUGAAAACUAUCUACUCGGAAAUGAAUCACAAAAUUUAACAUUUCUCGAGAUAGCAGACACGUUCAAUCGUUUGUAUUCCGAAAAUAUUCUUAAACAUCUAAACAAAUCUGUUGAUGCCAGAAAUCUUAUGGGAAGGAGGAAAAAUGAAUUAAGAAAGAUAGUUAAUGCGGCCUUUGUCUACAAGAUGAACGAGAUGUGGAUAGGACCCGGAAUUCUGCAAUUUCCUCGAUUCCAGUUUACUUUUCCGAAAUCGUACACUUACGGUAGUGUUGGUACUACAAUUGGACAUGAGAUUAUCCAUGGAUUCGAUGAUGCUGGACGAGACUUUGGUGAACAUACGAAAGAAAAAUGGUUUCGGGAACACUAUGGAGAACAAUUUCGACAAAGGGCAGAAUGUUACGUGCGCCAGUACACCACUAAUGUGCUGUGUUAUGACGAUGGAAAAGUUACAUCUCUAAACCUAACAAGUAAUGGUAAGUUUACACUCAGGGAAAACAUUGCUGAUAAUGAAGGAAUGAAACUUGCCGUCAAGGCCUAUAAAGCUUACCAGAAAAAGCAUGGAUCGGAGAGUAGAUUCGAAUCAAUGGAAGAUUUUGAUAGUGACCAGAUGUUCUUCAUUGGUUAUGCAACAAAAGCUUGUACCAGAUAUUCGAUGAGAGUCUUAUUAAGCAGAUUGGCAACUGACGUACAUUCAAUAAAACAUCUCCGGAUAAACAACGUAGUGGCAAAUACACCACUAUUUGCCAAAGCAUUCCAUUGUGCCCCAGGUACACCGUUGAAUCCAGAACGUCGAUGCUCUAUCUUCUAG